UCUAAGUUAUUGUUUGUUAAGAUGACAACUACACAAGACCACUACAGCUUAGAUUCACUACCAGAGAAUGUUCAGAGGUUCUAUAAUUCAGUGAUAGUACCACCUGAUUAUGAACAGAACUUACAGACUAUCAAGACAUUUGCACAACAAUGUUCAAUGUCAAGGUCAAAGACUAUAUUGAUCACAUCAGGUGGUACGAUGGUACCAAUGGAGAAGAACAUGGUGAGAUAUCUGGAUAACUUUAGUGGAGGUGGUCGUGGAGCAGCCACGGCAGAGUACUUCCUGGAGCAAGGUUAUCAUGUGCUGUUCUUGACGAGGAAGAACUCGUUGCAACCAUUUAUUAGACACUUUAUGACAAAGGACACUACUAUAUUCACCUAUCUAUGCUAUGAUGUCGAGAAUCACUGUGCGAGAAUCAGUGACACUUACAAAUCACAAGUGUCCCAUCUGUUUAUGAAGUGGAAGUCAUUCUCUGACUCUGGUCGCUUCGUCACCAUCAACUUUGAAACUGUUGGCGAAUACCUCUACUAUCUACGUGCGUCCACAAUCGAGCUCAACAUCCUUAAACAGAAUCUCAUCGUCUAUGCCGCUGCUGCCGUCUCUGACUUUUACAUUCCUCUCGAUCAAAUGUCUGAGCACAAGAUACAAUCAAACAAGGGAGGUUUGAGGAUUGAGUUGGAACCUGUACCAAAGAUGCUGAAGCAGGUGAUCAGCUUGUGGUGUCCACAGGCCUAUACCAUUUCAUUCAAGUUGGAGACUGAUAUCAAUAUCCUGGACUCCAAGUGUAUCAACUCAUUGAGCACGUAUCACCAUCAGUUGGUCAUUGGCAACCUGCUCUCGGACUAUAGGAACUGGGUGGUGUUCCACUCUCCCCUCCUCUCAGAGCCACAAUACAUUCGAAAGACCGAGCAACAGAUUCAAGACCGAGUGGACAUUGAACCAAUGAUUGGCGAGAGGAUCAAGGACUUCCAUGCCAAGUACUGUGCACAGUCACCCGUCCACUCCACAACAACAUCCAAUGCUUAA